UAGCUGUAGGUGCAUGGUAGCGAUGGUAACCAUGGUAGCGAUGAUUGAUGAACCUGAUCAUGAUGGUGGUAUCAUCGCUGGGUUAACUUUACCUUCUCAACGAAAGUCGCUUUUACCACUGAACGGAACAAGAGUUCUUACCGAUAAGGAAAAGGAAGAAAAGAAGAAGAAAAUGUUGAAGAUGAUAUGGCAUGUGUUUAUUCAUGAACUGAGGGUCGGUCCGGAGGAGGCGAGCCUUCUCUUGACAGAGCAUGUUUUUACUGACAACACGACCAGAGCCGAGACUGCCACAUUACUUUUUGAUGAGAUGGACGCAAAAGCUUUAAUGUUUGUACCACAAGAGUUCCUGGCUUUAAUCAGUUCCGGCCACACGAGUGGUAUUGUGAUUAACAUGAGCAACACUUACACUAGCAUUGUACCCAUCUGGAACCUGAACAUAUUGAGAAAUAAAGCAGUAGUGCUCCAAGUUGGAGGCCAGGAUGUCACCAGAGCUCUGGAACUACUCCUGAAACAGAGACGAGCAGAUCAAGUCUACAGGACCUCUGACUUUGAUCCCCUGGUAGUUGAAGACAUAAAGGAAAAACGUGGCUAUGUAGCACUGGACUACGAAGUAGAGAUGUCGAAACCUGCGGCUCUAAGUACAGAGUAUGAACUGCCGGAUUGUCAAGUGAUAAACCUCGGUAGAGAACUAUUCCAGUGCACAGAAUGUCUUUUUCAACCCCAUCUCUUCGGAAUAAAGAACACACAAGGGCUGAUAGGAAGCGUUAACCAGCUUAUCGACACAUUGAAUGGUCAGAUUAAGCAGGAUAUCGUCGCUCAGUCUGUCUUUCUGACCGGAUCGUCUUCUAUGUUUCCAGGUCUGGUCGAGCGGCUGCGAGCCGGAAUUGCAGAAAAACACUCCGCUGUAAACGUUGUAGCUCCGCCCGAGAGAAAGAUGUCAGCUUGGAUGGGGGGAUCCAUUUGGGCGGAGUUGAGUGUGAGCAAGAACUUGUGGACAACUAAAGAGGAGUUUGAUGCUUAUGGCCCUGAUGUGGUCCAUUCAAAAUGCUUUUAAAUACCUCCGAGAAGCACAGAAGCAAGGGAACUUUAUUAAUUCAUUGUGUGAGAUGAAAACUUAUAUAGAAGAAAUGGAUUUAAUUUUGGCAGUUUAUUAUCGGAAAUUUGUUUUUUUGGCAUACAUUUUUGACAUUUUUAGAAACAAAAAAAAAGUGAAUAAUGGUGAAAAUAGCGAUGUCGUACAAUUUAAAGAAAACUUGAUUUUUUUGUGUUGAAUUUCAACAGCGCUGCUAUGUGAGUGAUUUUGAACGCUUAAGAAUAAGAACGACAUCUGUUGAGUGUUGUUUUAUUAUUGACCGAUUAUAUGUUUUUAAAAGCGGAACAAUCUUCACUGUGUAAAGUUUAAACUCUUUAUACAGAAGGAAAUGUUUAUUGACAAUUAUCUUGUAGAAUUUAUUGUAAAUAUUACAUCGUAAAUAAGAUAUUUUUCGUU